AUGCCCGCCGAUUGUACCUCCGAGAGAUUGCUCUUCACGGCAGCUGGAGGCAUGCAGAGUGCUGCAUUGCUUCAAUUGCUCACUGGCAAGUGGAAAAACUUUCGACUCGGCGUGCACUCAGCAACCACUGCAGCUAAGCUGAGAAGCCAAUAUCCGGAUGCCGAAAUAGUGGAAGCCGAUCUGGAGGACAUCAAGUCAGUAGAGGCUCUUGUCCAGAAUGUGAACGUUAUAUUUCAUGUCGGUCCUAGUAUGCAUGCUAGGGAGACUGAGCUGGGCCUACGGGUGGUCGAUGCAGCAGCUGCGCAGAACAGGAAGCACCCUGGUGUCAUCAAACACUUUGUCUUCUCUUCUGUGAUCGGUACGCAGUUGCGCAAGCUUCUUAACCACGAUUGCAAGCGAUAUGUGGAAGAGGCAUUGAUGGAAAGCGGGCUUCCGUAUACGAUUUUGCAGCCGACUCAUCGUAUGGACAUGCUGCCUUUGAAAGCGAUUUUGUCACAGAAAACCGAGACCACGGAAAGACCACUCAAGUUCAUGGCCAAUUGGAAGCCUGAAAACAAGAUGUCAUUCGUCACUAUACGGGACCAAGCCGAGGCAAUCAGAGUUGUUCUCGAGGAGCAGGAGAAGCAUUACUAUGCGACUUACCAACUUGUCUCAACACCAACGCCCAUUUCAUAUGCCGAGUUCGUGAAGCGAGCAUGGGGCAUCUCCUCCCUCAUUGUGCGCUGGCGUGAGAUUUGCAUCUGGGAUCAGGGCGUGCUCUUCAUUGUCACUGGUCGGUUUGCUCUCCGUUUGGUUACCUUGCUUCGUCCGAUCAUGGCCGCAGAGACUUCCACGGCGGCCACGGCCCCGGCGCCACAGGCGGAAACACCCGCCUCGCACGAGCCAAUUGAGGCGGCGGCGCCUGGCGAGGUCGAUGAUCAAUCCGACUUCGAAUCUUCGGACUAUGAUGCUGUCUCUGUAUCGGGCUCGACCAGCGUUGCCUCAAGUGUCUACCGCUUUGCCUAUGAAAAUGGCAGGAGAUAUCACCAGUACAAGAAUGCGAGAUAUCCCAUCCCAAAUGAUGACACAGAGCAGAACCGUGAAGAUAUGAAACAUGCUCUUAUGCUGGAAUUGACAAAUGGAAAAUAUUUCUUCGCACCCAUCGGAGACAACCCUCAGAAGAUCAUCGAUCUUGGAACUGGCACAGGCAUCUGGGCGAUAGAUGUUGCUGACCGCUACCCCAGCGCUGAGGUUUUCGGCAUUGACCAGACUCCAAUCCAACCGAACUGGGUGCCGCCUAAUUUACGUUUCAUUGUAGACAAUAUUGAGGAGGAAUGGUUGCACGGGUCCGACUUUGACUUCGUUCACAUCCGUCAGGUCAUGCCCGUUCUUCGAGACGGCGAAAAGGUGCUUAGAAGCGCCUAUGAGAAUUUGAAACCUGGUGGAUGGAUUGAGAUUCAGGAACUGGGUGGUCAAGCGCUUUGCGAUGAUGAUACGAUGCCCGAAGACUAUAGUGUAAACAAAUUCCUCGACAGGUGCCAGGAGGCUCUAGGCAAGUUUGGAGCCGACUUCCGCGCUGGCAAUAAACUCCAGGAGCCACUUGAGAAGGCAGGCUUCACCAACAUCACUUGCAAGAAACUAAAGGUGCCCAUUGGCCCUUGGGCUAAGGAUAAAACUCUGCGCCUCAUCGGCAUGUACUUCCGCUUGAUCCUUGGUGAUCUUCUCGGAGCCAUGGGCGCCCGACCAUUUCGUGCCCUGGGACUUAGCGAGGCCGAAAUCGAAGUCUUCCUCGCUGGCGUAAGAAAAGAUCUCAAGAGUGCAAGCGCCCACUCUUACUUCAAUUAUCUCUUCUGGACAGCCCAAAAGCCAACAUCAUCAUAA